AUGACUGGACAUCAGGAUCAGAAUCAUGAUUAUUUUUCGAAACCCACGACGCCCUCAACACCGGGACAAGUGCAUCUUGGGAACGUCGCAAGCAGAAUCCCCAGCACCAUCUCGGACCGAGAAACAGGAGAACCCGACGGUGCAAAGUCAACGCACUCAAGACGGCGUGGACUUCAUGGAUUACCAUCCAGUUUCGUGUCGCGAAUGAGCAAGCGACCAAUCAGCUCAAGGCGCUUUACAAGAAUGUCCAGCGGGAACAGUACAGCGCGCCCUGCAGUACAACAACAUGCAUCCCAAUAUCAUACAUAUGCCCCUGCCGAAGAGGGCUACUAUGAAGAGAACCCUUGGUUCGGCGAGGCCGGCAAGAAGCCCAUCUUCAGUCUUGGAAAACCUCUUCCCCACCGCGUUCGUCGCAAGGUGGUGAAACCGAUCAAACCGGAUGGAAAAGUUGAUGAAGAGAUGGCCAUCGUCAAAGAGGAAUCUGAAGAUACACCCGCAGGGUACGCCUCGCGUACCACUUCAGGCCAGCCAUACCGAAUGCAUACUCAAACCAGUAUCGCAUCACGCGAAAUGCAGAACCAGCAGAGUCGAACUACAGCAGCUGGCGUUGCGCACAACGAGAAGCGAAAUGAUGCAGGACAGCCGGUAUUCGACUAUGUCCCUGGCGAAGCAACACCUGCAGCAACACCAUCGUAUCGUGACCCCGCAUCAAGAGUUGCUUCUCAUCAGCAAAGUAACAACCAACCAGAUUACAAGAUUGACAGUGAACCUUUGGGUCAGCAGGAGAAGCCAGAGGUUGAAGCUGGUGAGACGGAUCCGAAUGAGAUGAGGAACUGGUGGGCUAGGAUACGAGCGAAGCACCCUGAGCCACUUGCUGAAUUCCUUGCUACUUCUGUUGCGAUAUUCUUAGGUCUUACUGGUACUCUGUCUGUGAAUCUCUCAGCAAAACAGUCGCAGUCUUAUGGAACUUAUGAGACUUCAUGCUGGGCAUGGGGCUUUGCCUGGAUGUUCGGCAUCUAUCUCGGCGGCGGUGUAUCAGGAGCGCACAUGAACCCAGCCAUUUCCAUCUCGCUGUCGCUAUUCCGUGGUUUUCCAUGGCGGCAGUGUUUCAUCUACAUCCUCGCCCAAUUCAUCGCUAGCAUCCUCGCCGGAGCACUCGCAUAUGGCAUCUACGCCGACUCAAUCCACUACGUCGAUCCCGAGAUGGACGGAAUGUCAAAGACUUUCUUUUCAACACCUCGAGAAUGGGUAUCCCUCCAAUCCGCAUUCUUCAACCAAGUCGUCGGCAGCGCCAUCAUGAUGAUCGCAGUAUUCGCACUAGGUGAUGAUCAGAACAACCCACCCGGCGCUGGCAUGCAUGCCCUGGUACUCGGCUUUCUGGUAACUACCCUCAAGUUCACCCUCGGCUACAACAUUGGAUCUGCGCUGAACCCUGCCUCUGAUUUCGGACCGAGAGUUGUAGCGUAUGCGGUUGGAUAUCGCGGGUCAAAUGUGUUUCACAGCGGAUGGUGGUUUUACGGGCCUUGGGCAGCGACGUUGAUAGGGUCUGUGGUUGGAUGUGCGCUGUAUGAUGGGUUUGUGUUUGUUGGAAGUGAGAGCCCGAUCAACUUUCGGUUUAGUAAGGAAAUUAAGAAUAGAGCGAAUAAGUUGUUGAAAGAUUAG